UUCGAUACGUUUCCUAGCAAAAGUCAUAAAGAAAGUAAAUUGGGGAGGAGACCCCAAAGGAAUCCUCUCUCUUCCUCUCUCCAUAUCCCAAAGAGUGCAAUCCUUCUCUCCUUCUUCUUCCAUGUCUAAUGAACCAAGAGACCUUUACAACAAUUACGAUGACCCAUUUCAAGUUAACUACCAAUACGGCAACUUUGGGAGCGAGCCAAGUCCUUAUUUGAGCUUCACUGACUGUUUACGAGGAUCGACAGACUACAACUCAUUAGCGAGGGCCUUUGGUAUUUCGCCAUCUUCUUCGGAGGUUGUUUCUCCGGUGGAUGGAAACCCUAGACCGGUGUUUGAUGCCGGAGAGAUCAGAGGCCCUGGCAGUGAAAGUAACAAUAAUCCGGCGACUCCAAACUCCUCCAUCUCGUCCUCCUCCACGGAGGCCGGGGCCGAAGAAGAUUCGAGCAAGAGCAAGAGAGAGGUUCAAGCAAAAGAUGGAGAAGGAGGAGAAAGCUCUAAGAAACUGAACAAAUUGAAGAAGAAGGGAGAGAAGAGGGAAAGGGAGCCACGUUUCGCUUUCAUGACGAAGAGUGAAGUUGAUCAUCUAGAAGAUGGUUAUCGGUGGAGAAAAUAUGGUCAGAAAGCUGUCAAGCAUAGCCCAUAUCCAAGGAGCUACUAUAGGUGCACCACACAGAAGUGCACGGUAAAGAAAAGGGUUGAGAGAUCAUUCCAAGACCCCUCCAUUGUGAUCACCACGUAUGAGGGCCAGCACAACCACCCGAUUCCGGCCACCCUUAGGGGCAACUCUGCUGCUGGAAUGUUCGCAUCAUCCAUGCUGAACCCCAACCCAGCAACUGGAGGGAUGGGGGCGAGCUUCCCUCACGAGCUUUUGCUUCAAAUGCGUACUCCAUCUGUGAGCCACCCUGGAAGUGGCGGUGCUGGCGGUGACAGCUCUCUCUAUCAGCAAACCCUAAACUCCCCUCAACAGCAACAAUACCAACAACAAUUUCCUGACUACGGGCUUCUUCAAGACAUGGUUCCCUCCAUUUAUUUCAAGAAAGAGCCAUGAAUUGAUGAUUACGAUCCCUCGUAUCCGGCUACGAAUUUAUUUUUCACAUUGCGCAUUGUAUAUAUCGAGUCAGAAUUCUCUACUGAAUCUCCCUAGACCAUGAAGUGGAGACUAAGAGGGAUAUGUUAAACUAGAGGUUUAUGACUUAGUUCUGAGCAAUUAUUAUCGACGAAUGAGGCGUAUAUUGAUAAUCGAAAACAUCCCAAUGCAUACAGAGGAUGAGUAAUUGCGUA